UAGUUUGUUACACAAUCCGCCGAGCGGCUGUGCACACUCUCAUUUAGCUUCGGCUUCUCCUGGCUGUGCCCGGCUCCUUCCCCCACAAUCCACCGCUCAGCAGCCCUCCUCUGAGAGCGCCUCGCCCGGCACUAGAGCCCUGCUCCCACCGGCAGCACCCCCCAUUCAUUCAGUGCCCCCUCCUGUGCUCCGUGACCAUGAGUGGGGACAACAGUCAGAACGACUCACAGAUUGACGCGAAUUUCCAGGCGAACGAUUCUCAUAAACGUAAGAAAGACAAGGAGCAUCGUCACAAAGAACACAAGAAGGACAAAGAUCGUGAGAAGUCUAAGCACAACAACAGCUUACACAAAGAUCCCUCUGAAAAGAAACACAAGGACAAACACAAAGAUGGGGAGAAACAUCGAGAGAAGGACGGUGAAAAGCAUAGAGACAAAGAUGGAGAGAAGCAUCGCGAGAAAGAUGGGGAAAAGCAUAGAGAAAAAGAUGGGGAGAAACAUCGCGAGAAAGAUGGGGAAAAGCAUAGAGAAAAAGAUGGGGAGAAACAUCGCGACAAGGAUGGAGAAAAACAUAAAGAAAAGGACGGUGAAAAACAUCGAGAGAAGGACGGUGAGAAACAUGCUGAAAAACAUCGAGAGAAGGACGGAGAGAAACAUCGUGAAAAGGACGGAGAGAAACAUCGCGAGAAGGACGGAGAGAAACAUGGAGAGAAACAUCGCGAGAAGGACGGGGAGAAGCGCAGAGAUGGAGAAAAACAUAAAGAGAAACAUCGGGAUAAAGAGAAGAGAAAGGAGGAAAAGCUAAAAUCUUCCAGUGAUGGUGUCAAAGUAAAAAAAGAAAAUGGCUUCUCCAGUCCUCCCCAUAUUAAGAAUGAGCCAGAAGAUGACGGCUACACUUUGUCUCCUAAGGAUCAGAACAAGGCACUGAAGAGAUCGAGGGAUGACGAAGACUCUGACUACAAGCCCAAAAAAAUCAAAACGGAAGAUGUUAAAAAAGCCAAAAAACGAAAACAAGAAGAGCAGGAUUUCAAAAUUAAGAAGCCAAAGGGCAAAGGCCAAGAGGGAGAAGUCAAAAAGAAAAAAGUGAAGAAGGAAGAAGAGGAAAAAUGGAAAUGGUGGGAAGAAGAGCGUCAUACUGAUGGUGUCAAAUGGAAAUUCCUGGAACACAAAGGCCCUGUAUUUGCACCGCCCUAUGAGCCUCUCCCAGAAAAUGUGAAAUUUCAUUAUGAUGGUAAAACCGUGAAGCUCAGUCCCAAAGCUGAAGAGGUAGCCACUUUCUUUGCAAAAAUGUUGGAUCACGAGUACACUACCAAGGACAUCUUCAGGAAAAACUUCUUUAAAGACUGGAAGAAGGAAAUGACUUCUGAUGAACGAAAUCUCAUAACCAACCUAAACAAGUGUGACUUUAAUGAGAUGAGCCUGUACUUCAAAGCUCAGUCUGAGGCCAGGAAACAAAUGACCAAGGAGGAGAAACAGAAAAUCAAAGAGGAGAACGAGCGAUUGGUUGCAGAAUACGGUUUUUGUAUGAUGGACAAACAUAAAGAAAGGAUUGCAAACUUCAGAAUAGAACCUCCUGGCUUGUUUAGAGGAAGAGGAAACCAUCCAAAAAUGGGCAAGCUAAAGAGGAGAAUCAUGCCUGAGAACAUCAUCAUUAACUGCAGCAAAGACUCCAAAAUCCCUUCUCCCCCUUCUGGCCACAAGUGGAAAGAGGUUCGAUAUGACAACAAGGUCACCUGGUUAGUGUCCUGGACAGAAAACAUUCAGGGAUCCAUUAAAUAUAUAAUGCUGAACCCCAGUUCCCGCAUUAAGGGAGAGAAAGAUUGGCAGAAAUAUGAGACUGCCCGCAGGCUCAAGAAAUGCGUUGAAAAGAUUCGUAACACCUACCGGGAUGACUGGAAAUCCAAGGAGAUGAAGGCCAGGCAGAGAUCGGUUGCACUGUACUUUAUAGAUAAGCUGGCUUUGAGAGCUGGUAAUGAAAAGGAAGAAGGGGAAACAGCGGACACUGUAGGCUGCUGCUCUCUGAGAGUAGAGCACAUAAAACUUUACCCGGAAAUGGACGGACAGGAGUUUGUGGUGGAGUUUGAUUUCCCUGGUAAAGAUUCCAUCCGUUACUACAACAAGGUGCCUGUGGAAAAGAGGGUCUUUAAGAACCUGCAGCUUUUCAUGGAAAACAAGCAACCAGAAGAUGACUUGUUCGACAGACUCAAUACUACUAUUUUAAAUAAGCAUCUCCAGGACCUCAUGGAUGGAUUAACAGCCAAAGUGUUCAGAACAUACAACGCCUCCAUCACCCUGCAGCAGCAGCUGAAUGAACUCACCAACUCCGAUGAUAAUGUUCCUGCCAAAAUAUUGUCUUACAAUCGUGCAAACAGAGCUGUGGCCAUUUUGUGUAACCAUCAGCGUGCUCCUCCAAAGACUUUUGAAAAGUCAAUGAUGAAUUUGCAGACCAAGAUUGAUGCCAAAAAAGAUCAACUGGCAGAUGCACGCCGCGAACUUAAGAGCUCUAAAGCGGAUGCCAAAGUCAGGCGUGAUGAGAAGACCAAAAAGCUUGUGGAAAGCAAAAAGAAAGCAGUGGAACGGAUAGAGGAGCAGCUGAUGAAGUUGGAGGUUCAAGCAACAGACAGAGAAGAGAACAAACAAAUUGCCCUGGGAACCUCCAAACUCAAUUACUUGGACCCAAGAAUCUCUGUAGCCUGGUGUAAGAAGUUUGGUAUUCCUAUUGAAAAAAUCUACAACAAGACUCAGAGAGAGAAGUUUGCAUGGGCUAUCGACAUGGCGGAAGAUGACUAUGAAUUUUAAUGAGUGCGAAAGACAAUUUGUUUUAAUUAUUUGUUUUUAAUUAUUUUAAGCCUGGACGUCACCUCGGAAAGGGAUUUUCUAGAGAGCUGUGCGCCUUACCUUUUAUCAACUUUUAUUUUAAGACGGGAAGGGGAUAUGCAGCAGAUUAAGGGGAAAAAAGACAUGGAAAAAAAAAACCCACAAAGGCUAAUACCUGCACGACAAACAUUGGAUAAUGUCCCCAUGCUGCCUUCAGUAUUGUCCCAUGGACAAGGAGUAUAUACAUAUGUACAAAAUGGGAUAUCUCAAAUCGUGAUGACGUUUUUAUGUGUUUUUAAGUUGGGAGGUUUUCA